AUGCGUUUGUGGGAUUUCCUGGAAGAGCACAUGAUGCAAGGGCAUACUAGAUGGGGGUCCUUUAGGGCAGACAUUGACAGUAAGCUUGGAGCGGUCCCAUACAGGCUUGGCAGGGGCUCUGACAUAGAAGCAGCUGUCGAGUCUCUGAGCAGGGACUUGACGGCCGCAUAUGAGGAAAACUGCCCGUUACGCAAAGUACAAGAAAAAUUUCGAUUGCUGCCGGCGAAGCGGAGGUUCAAUGAGCCGCCUGAAAUGGGGACCUACCAGAAAUCAGCCAACAGAUCCGUUUCAUACGUAAUUGACUACGUUUUUACAAAAUAA